GGAGCACCAGAAGGCAUUUCUGAAGUUGAGCAAGAAGUUCAAACAGGAGGUGCCUAUGUGACUUCAUUCAAAUAUAAGAGGAAGUGAGAGAGAGCGAGCGGUACAGAGUGAGAGAGAGCAACAGUGCCAGAGGACAUCUACCUUAUAGAAGAGGACACUGUAGCACAUGUAUCAAGGAUGACGUGGAACGCCACAGAUAACGUCACCGUGGACCCCUUCUCCUGCUACCACCCCUCGGUGGUGGGCUACCGUUACUUCGGGGUGCUGUGGGGGUCCCUGGUGACCGCGGUGGGGAUGUCGGGGAACAUCCUGACCGUGCUGGUCUUCAUCCUGGACCGCCGGCUGCGGACGCACUUCAACGCGCUCAUCGUCAACCUGGCGGCGGCCGACCUGCUGUACUGCGGCCUCCUGCAGCCGGCCAGCGUCGACUCCUACCUGCACCUGCACUGGAGGGGCGGGGCCACCUGGUGCCGCGUCUUCGGCCUGCUCCUCUUCCUCUCCAACUCGGUGUCCAUCCUGACGCUCUGCCUCAUCGCGGCCGGGCGCUACCUGAUGAUCGCGCGGCAGGGCGUCUACCGCCUGCUGUUCUCGGGGCGCGGCCUGGCGCUGCUCCUGACCGCCACCUGGGCCGUGGGCCUGGCCAGCUUCGGCCCGCUCUGGCCCGCCUUCGUCUUCGCGCCGCAGGUGUGCACCUGCAGCUUCCACCGCACCAGGGGGCGCCCUUACAGCACCGUGCUGCUCUUCUUCUACUUCUUCGUGGGGCUGGGCUGCGUGGGGCUCUUCUACUUCCUCAUCUACUGGCGCGUGAGGGCGGCGUCCCGGGCGCUGCUCAGGUACAGGAUCAGCCGGCGCUCGUCCCGGAAGAAGCCGGCGGUGGCGGAGGGGGAGGGCACGACCGAGGGGGACAGCGGGGUGCAGACGCAGAGCUGCGAGAUCAGCUGCGACGUCACGGGGUCCAGCCACAGCGCGGCGGAGGCGGGCGCGAGCAAAGCCGCCGUCUCCCGCACGGAUCAGAAGGCCCCCGCCCCCGGCCCCGCCCCCGCCUCCGCCCCCGCCCCCGCCCCCGCCUCCUCGCCCGGCGACGACGGGGAGUUCGACCGCGUGACCCGGAUGUGCUUCACCGUCUUCCUGUGCUUCGUGGGCUGCUUCGCCCCCUUCAUCCUGCUCAACAUCGCCGACCGCGGCGGCCGCGCCCCCCAGGUGGCACACAUGUUCUGCGCCAACCUCACCUGGCUCAACAGCUGCAUCAACCCCAUCCUCUACGCCGCCAUGAACCGCCAGUUCGGACAGGCGUACCGGGUCCUGCUGUCCCGCGCCACACAGCCUCUGAGGCGUCUCUGCCAGCGGUGACGCGCCCCCCCCGCACCGCCCUGCCACUCAGACCAGAGCUCAGGUGACUGCCCAGGCUGAGUCUAUCUUUGAGAAAUGUUCACAGAAACGAUUCAACACAUUUUGCCUGUCUGAAAAAGAAGAAGGCAGCAACAACAUUCUUUAUCGUUUGUCCAGUUUUCUCUGUUAUUUCCUGAUGAAUGACCCCAUUUUGUGACUUUU